UUGAACAACGCGUGGCCAGAGAUUUUUCUCAUUUUUACUUGUUUUUUUUUUUUUUUGGCUUUCACUUACUCUGCAAUUUGCUGACACAUUUAUUCGAUGCGAUUUACGGACACAAUUAAUUGACGAGUUGUUAAACAUAUCUAUUAAAUGCCAGCGGCCUGAAAAUAGCUCGUGUGCAACGCGUAAAAAUUUUCAAUUAAAACCAAUUAACAAGCAGCGGCGGGAAAAUAAAAUAAAAUUAAAUUUAAAUACAAAUAAAAGCGAUGCCGGGAAGAAAAAAAAACCACCACAAAAACAGCAACAGAGCCAGACAUCCGAGGGUUCAGCAGUCGAGCGGCAAGGAGCAGCAGGAGCGACAUGGCAAGGAUGCCAGUGAUUCGCCAGAGGGGGAGAAUCAGGAGCAGGAGCAGGAGGAGGAGCAGCCCUUCCGCAUCGCCCACUCGGACAUAUACGGGCGGUAUCUGGUGGCCAGUCGCCAGCUGGAGGCGGGCGAAACCCUGAUCCGCGAGGAGCCGCUGGCCAUCGGACCCUGUGUGAGCGGCGACCCCGUGUGCCUGGGCUGCUACCAGCCGGUGUCCCUGGGCCGGGAGCAGUACCGCUGCCCCGGCUGCGGCUGGCCCCUCUGCGGACGCAGCUGCUCGGGAAUCAAGCGGCGAUGUGGCCACACCGAGGCGGAGUGCCAGCUGUACGGCGAUCGACGGGCGGUCGCCGGCGAACUGCUGACGGAUCGCGCCGGUCCGGCGGAAGUGCGCGACCUCUACGAACUGGUGAUGAUCGUGCGCAUCCUCCUGCUGCGCCAGCACGAUCCGGAGCAGUUCGAGCUGAUCGCCCGCAUGGAGUCGCACACGGCGGAGCGGCGGCUCAACGAGGUGCUGUGGCGCCACUACGAGGAGAAGGUGGUGCAGCGGCUGCGCAACGCAUGGCGGCUGGAUGACCUCGACGCGGAGCAGGUGCACGAGGUGUGCGGCAUCCUGGACGUCAACUGCUUCGAGAUCGGCCAGAACGGCGCCAAGGCGCGGACGCUAUACCCGAGCGCCUUCCUGCUCGCGCACGACUGCACCCCCAACACGGCGCACACGGACGAUCCCGCGUCCUUCGCCAUCCUGCUGCGCACCUCGCGGCGCGUGCGCGAGCGGGAAGCCCUCACGCUCAGCUAUGCGUACACGCUGCAGGGCACGCUCAAGCGGCGCGCCUUCAUGCACGAGGGCAAGCUCUUCUGGUGCCGCUGCCGGCGCUGCGCCGAUCCCCGCGAGCUGGGCACCGACUGCAGCGCCCUGGUGUGCGCCACCUGCCGGGCGGGAUCGGUGCGGGCGGAGGACCCUCUGGAGCAGAGCGGCGACUGGGCCUGCGACCGCUGCUCCCACAAACUGGGGGCAAAGGACCUCGAACGCCAGCUGGACCGCAUCAACGACGACCUGGAGGCCAUCGACGUGCAUGACAUUCCCGGACUGGAGAACUUUCUCCUACGAUAUCGGGAUGUCCUGCGACCGAACCACUACCUCCUGCUGUCGGCCAAGUACUCGUUGUGUCAGAUAUAUGGUCGGACCGAAGGAUACUUGCUGCCGCAGAUGUCGCCCGAGGACAUUGCCCGCAAGGAGACGUACUGCCGGGAGUUCCUGGAAAUCGUGGAUGUCCUCGAUCCGGGACUGACGCGUCUCAGAGGACUCAUCAUGUACGAGCUGCACGCCCCCGUCAUGGUCCUGGCCCAGUCGGCCAUCCAAAGCGGACAGAUCUCACGGCAGGAGUUCCAGCGCCGACUGAAGGAGGUCGUGAAGCUGCUCCAGGUCAGCCGGGAUAUCCUGUGCCUGGAACCCGAAGGAUCCACCGAAAACGCCAUGGGACUCGCAGCAGCCGACGCCCUCGUUAAAAUGGGUUGCUAGCCAAGAGUCAAACUAUUUGUAAAUUAACUGAGUUUACCCACAAAGUGAAAUGCAUCUCAAAUUAAAAAUAGCAGAUAGCCUUUGUAUCUUUA